AUGUCAACACCACAAAAAGACAACACUGCUGCUCAACAUGCCAAUUACGUGGGACCAUAUCGCCUGGAGAAGACACUGGGGAAAGGACAGACAGGCUUGGUAAAGCUGGGAGUGCACUGUGUCACUUGUCAAAAAGUUGCCAUUAAGAUAGUGAACCGGGAGAAGCUGAGCGAAUCUGUUCUGAUGAAGUCCCCACCACAGACUCAUCUGGAGGUGUGCUUUGGGGAUCACCAGUGCCCCCUCAUCAACCUAAUUAGACAAGGAGUGUGUAGAGAGCCGAUAGUGUUGCUCCACAGCGGCGGCCCCUGUCCCAGCUCCAGCUCCAGCUGCACUUCCAGCCCCAGCGGCGGUGUGGUGUGGUGUGGGGUCUCAUCUGCAUACAGGCAAGCUGCUGCUGCUGCUCCUGCUGAUGAUGCUGCUGCUACAAACAGGCAGCAAUCCCUCCCUCCCUACACCCCUCUACAGUACAACCCCCACGCCCCCUCGCUGCCGGGGAUGCUGGGGAUGCGGGUGGUGCACCCAGCAGAGCGCGGUGUGGCAUGUUGUGGAACGGCGACCCUGUCCACUGCCCCCGGCUCUGCCCUUGUAUAUCUGGUGUUAGAGCACGUGUCUGGCGGGGAGCUGUUUGACUACCUGGUAAAAAAGGGCAGGUUAACCCCCAAGGAGGCCCGCAAGUUCUUCCGACAGAUCAUUUCGGCGCUGGACUUCUGUCACAGUCAUUCUAUAUGCCACAGGGAUCUGAAGCCAGAGAACCUGCUGCUAGACGAGAAGAACAACAUCAGGAUAGCAGACUUCGGCAUGGCCUCUCUACAGGUCGGGGACAGUCUUCUGGAAACCAGCUGCGGAUCUCCACAUUACGCCUGCCCGGAGGUCAUUAGGGGCGAGAAGUACGACGGGAGGAAAGCAGACGUGUGGAGCUGUGGGGUAAUUCUCUUCGCUCUCUUGGUGGGGGCGCUGCCAUUUGACGACGACAACUUGCGGAACCUGUUAGAAAAGGUGAAGCUGGGCGUCUUUCACAUGCCCCACUUCAUUCCACCCGACUGCCAGAACCUUCUCCGAGGCAUGAUCGAAGUAGACGCCACCAAGCGACUAACGUUAGACCAGAUUCAGAAGCACACGUGGUACAUAGGAGGGAAGAAUGAGCCGGAGCCUGAGCAGCCGGUGCCAAGGAAGGUGAUGAUCCAGACACUGCCGUCGGCCGAGGACAUCGACCCGGACGUCCUGGAGAGCAUGCACUCGCUAGGCUGCUUCAGAGACAAGAACAAACUCAUGAAAGACCUACUCUCAGAGGAUGACAACCAGGAGAAGAUGAUUUACUACCUGCUCCUAGACCGUAAGGAGAGGUAUCCCAGUCACGAGGACCAGAACCUGCCACCCCGCAAUGAAAUAGCUGACCCACCGAGGAAGCGUGUGGACUCCCCCAUGUUGAACCGGCACGGUAAGAGGCGGCCGGAGCGCAAGUCCAUGGAGGUGCUGAGUGUGACGGACGGAGGCUCACCGGUGCCAGCUCGCCGCGCUAUCGACAUGACGCAACACGGACAGAGUAGAAACAUUUACAGUAAAAGCUUGGAGAUCUCUGAAGCCAACGCCAGGUGCAGCAAAGAAGAAAGGUCGCGGUCAAUCAGUGGAGCGUCCUCCGGCCUCUCCACCAGCCCCCUCAGCAGUCCCCGGCCUGUCCGAAAGUUCUGUGUACCUCCCCAGUCCCCCGAGGUCACCCAGACUCCCAACUCCAGUCCCUCAGAGUCUCCCGAGCCUCAGCCGCAUCGGGCAGCCACGCGCACACCCACCCCCAACUCCCUCCUACACCCCAGAACUCAGACUCUCCCUGCCAAGCCCAAGGUGGCCCUACAGGCUACAAAGUCCAACCCGCUGCCAGAACUGAUACCAGAAUACCCUACUGUGGCCAAAUCUGAGCCCUCUACCCCAUGCCAGCCUCAACCUCCCAGUAUUCCUGGCAGCCCCCAGGUGAGGCGGGCAGCCCCUGCAGCCCUCUCCCCCCAGCUCUCCGUGCCCCCAGCCUUUGCCCCUGCAUCCCCCUCCGUCCCCUCCAUCCGUCUGCACCACUUCCACCCUGUGCCACUGUCGUCUGACCAGAGCACCAAAUCUAUCCCCACCAUACAGGUGACCCCUCACCCCUCCCCCCGGGGCAGCCCUCUCCCUACCCCCAAAGGAACCCCCGUGCACACGCCCAAGGAGAGCCCGGCAGGUACGCCCACCCCAACCCCGCCGCCCAGCCCCUCCAUCGGUGGGAUGCCCUGGAGAACACGCCUCAACUCCAUCAAGAACAGCUUCUUGGGAUCACCACGCUUUCAUCGCAGGAAACUACAAGUUCCCACACAAGAGGAGAUGUCCAGCCUGACCCCGGAGUCUUCCCCAGAACUUGCCAAAAAAUCUUGGUUCGGUAACUUUAUCAACCUGGAGAAGGAGGAGCAGAUCUUCGUGGUCAUCAGGGAUAAACCCUUGAGCUCCAUCAAAGCAGACAUCGUCCAAGCAUUUCUCUCAAUCCCCAGCCUCAGCCACAGUGUGAUCUCUCAGACCAGCUUCCGGGCGGAGUACAAGUCCACGGCCGGGCCCACCGUCUUCCAGAAGCCCGUCAAGUUCCAGGUGGACAUCACCUACACCGAGAGCACCGCCGCCCAGAAGGAGAAUGGCAUCUACUCUGUCACCUUCACGUUGCUCUCAGGUCCAAGCAGACGUUUUAAGCGGGUCGUGGAGACAAUCCAGGCCCAGUUGUUAAGCACACAUGACCAGCCAGGAGUCCAGCAGCUGUCUGGCAGCCCAAUGAGUAACUUCUUUGACGUAAUUAAACAACUUUUUUCAGACGAGAAGAACGGCCAGGUACCCCGCCCUGGUACACCUGGCACCCCCCACAGGCGCGCCCCACACCCCCACCACCCCAACAGCAGGAUACAGGAGGCCGAGGUGGUCCAUGAGACCAAGUACCCCCCACCCACGCCCAGCAAAGACAAGGCCAACCUGGUGCCAACCGUGGGGAUGCACGAGCAGCCCUAG